AUGGAGAUCAUCCAACACCGCCACCCCCUACCCACCCCACCCUGCAGCACCGCCACCCCUACCCACCCCACCCUGCAGCACCGCCACCCCUACCCACCCCACCCUGCAGCACCGCCACCCCUACCCACCCCACCCUGCAGCACCGCCACCCCUACCCACCCCACCCUGCAGCACCGCCACCCCUACCCACCCCACCCUGCAGCACCGCCACCCCUACCCACCCCACCCUGCAGCACCGCCACCCCUACCCACCCCACCCUGCAGCACCGCCACCCCUACCCACCCCACCCUGCAGCACCGCCACCCCUACCCACCCCACCCUGCAGCACCGCCACCCCUACCCACCCCACCCUGCAGCACCGCCACCCCUACCCACCCCACCCUGCAGCACCCCCACCCCUACCCACCCCACCCUGCAGCACCGCCACCCCUACCCACCCCACCCUGCAGCACCGCCACCCCUACCCACCCCACCCAGCAGCACCGCCACCCCUACCCACCCCACCCUGCAGCACCGCCACCCCUACCCACCCCACCCUGCAGCACCGCCACCCCUACCCACCCCACCCUGCAGCACCCCCACCCCUACCCACCCCACCCUGCAGCACCGCCACCCCUACCCACCCCACCCUGCAGCACCGCCACCCCUACCCACCCCACCCUGCAGCACCCCCACCCCUACUCUCCCCACCCUGCAGCACCGCCACCCCUACCCACCCCACCCUGCAGCACCGCCACCCCUACCCACCCCACCCUGCAGCACCGCCACCCCUACCCACCCCACCCUGCAGCACCGCCACCCCUACCCACCCCACCCUGCAGCACCGCCACCCCUACCCACCCCACCCUGCAGCACCCCCACCCCUACCCACCCCACCCUGCAGCACCCCACCCCUACCCACCCCACCCUGCAGCACCGCCACCCCUACCCACCCCACCCUGCAGCACCGCCACCCCUACCCACCCCACCCUGCAGCACCGCCACCCCACCCCACCCUGCAGCACCGCCACCCCACCCCACCCUGCAGCACCGCCACCCCUACCCACCCCACCCUGCAGCACCGCCACCCCCUACCCACCCCACCCUGCAGCACCGCCACCCCCUACCCACCCCACCCUGCAGCACCGCCACCCCUACCCACCCCACCCUGCAGCACCGCCACCCCUACUCACCCCACCCUGCAGCACCGCCACCCCUACUCACCCCACCCUGCAGCACCGCCACCCCUACCCACCCCACCCUGCAGCACCGCCACCCCUACCCACCCCACCCUGCAGCACCGCCACCCCUACCCACCCCACCCUGCAGCACCGCCACCCCUACCCACCCCACCCUGCAGCACCGCCACCCCUACCCACCCCACCCUGCAGCACCGCCACCCCUACCCACCCCACCCUGCAGCACCGCCACCCCUACCCACCCCACCCUGCAGCACCGCCACCCCUACCCACCCCACCCUACAGCACCGCCACCCCUACUCACCCCACCCUGCAGCACCGCCACCCUCUACCCACCCCACCCUGCAGCACCGCCACCCCUACCCACCCCACCCUGCAGCACCGCCACCCCUACCCACCCCACCCUGCAGCACCGCCACCCCUACCCACUCCACCCUGCAGCACCGCCACCCCUACCCACCCCACCCUGCAGCACCGCCACCCUACCCACCCCACCCUGCAGCACCGCCAACCUCUACCCACCCCACCCUGCAGCACCGCCACCCCUACCCACCCCACCCUGCAGCACCCCCACCCCCUACCGACCCCACCCUGCAGCACCGCCACCCUCUACCCACCCCACCCUGCAGCACCCCCACCCCCUACCGACCCCACCCUGCAGCACCGCCACCCUCUACCCACCCCACCCUGUAG